CCGCACCAAUGGGCGGGGCGCUCGCUGUGGCCGCCCCGUCUCUAUGGUCGGUCCUCCGGGAAGGCGGGGCGGUGGAAAUGCCUUCCCCGCCACGUGAUCGAAACGCGCUCUGUGACGUCACGGAGUUUGCGGAAGUGCGCGGGAGAAACCGGGAGACGCGGAAGGAUCGGGGAUGCCGUGAAGAUCAUGGCGAAGGACCUGGUGCGCACGCGGCGCUACAUCAAGAAGUUCAUCACCAUGCGGGCCAACGUGCAGGCCGUGGCCCUCAAGAUCCAGACGCUCAAGUCCAACAACUCCAUGGCCCAGGCCAUGAAGGGCGUCACCAAGGCCAUGGCCACCAUGAACCGCCAGCUGAAGCUGCCCCAGAUCCAGAAGAUCAUGAUGGAGUUUGAGAAGCAGGCGGAGAUCAUGGACAUGAAAGAGGAGCUGAUGAGCGAUGCCAUCGACGAUGCCAUGGGGGACGAGGACGACGAGGAGGAGAG